AGAGAGGRUUUUAUAUGGUCUUUUAGAGAAAAGUUUUAAAAUGUUUUACUAUAUUGCGUUUGCAUGCUGCAUUUGAAGUCGAGUUUGCCGUGAAAAUAUGGAAAUUCGAUCGGCAUAAAUUUUGAGUCACGUGAUAAAUCCAAAGCGCGCGCGUGAAAAGAUACAUUGGGAAGAAGAGUUCGCUGUGCUCGAAAAAUCAAGGAAAACUCUCGUGAACUAGAAACGAUUGAGUAUAUCUACUCUAAUAUCAAUACAGUUAUACACAAAUUAUACAUAAAUUGUGGAAAUGUCAGACACAUCAAGUCUAAGACGUAAUCUUGAGGAGCAAGUCACUUGUGCAAUCUGUCAUGAGCAUUACAGAGAUCCACGACUGUUGCCAUGUUUACAUACCUACUGUAAACAAUGCUUGGAUGAUCUUGUCAAGGCAUUGCACAGCAAAGAACAGAUUGUGUGUCCUGAAUGCAGAGAAGUUGUUAAGUUGGGUCCAAGUGGAACGAAUCAACUUAAAGUUCAUUUUCAAAUGAACCAACUGAUGUCGCUGUUGACCAUCUCAGAUCCUGUAGAAAAAGAACCAAAAUCAGAUUUGAUAUGUGAAAAUUGUACAAGCAAAGAUGCCUCUAAAGGAAGAUGCUUUGAAUGUUGCAAGUUCAUGUGCGACUUUUGCUUGAAAACCCACCAGCGUUUCCUGGAAACCAGAGACCACAAGAUCAUGACACUUGAAGAAGUCAAGAAACAAGGUGCUCCAGCUAUGACACAACAAGUUAAAUGUGAGAAACACAAAGGCGAAGUCCAAAAGCUUUACUGUGAAUCCUGUCAGCAGUUGAUUUGUCGUGACUGCACCAUCAUUGACCAUCGUGAUCACCAGUUUCAGUUUAUAGAUGACGUGGCCAGUACACAUGCAAAAAACCUCAGAUCUGACAUUAAGAAAGCUACCGUAACCAAAGAUCGUGUUCACUAUUCAUUGGGUAAAAUACAAAAGACAAAAAUGAGAAUCAAGUCCAAAGCUGAGAAGAUGAAGAAAGAUGUUGAUAAGUCAAUUGAUCAGAAAAUUGAAAUUUUAGAAGAGCAUCGAAAAAGUCUUAAAAAAGAGGUCGAUGCAAAAACAAUCUCUAAGAUCAAAAAACUUGACAAACAAGAGAUGGAACUGCUGAGAAAUAUAAAGAAUUUGAAAAGUGCUAUUGAAUUUACAGAGAGUGCUCUAAAAAGUACAAAUAUAAGCAUUCUGUCAUUGUCAUCAGAAGCCAGUUCUCGAUUGAAAUCAUUAAUAAGUGUGCGGCUCAAGGAUAAACCCUGUGAAUAUGAUACGUUGAUGUUUCUAGAGAUUGACCAGAGAUUCCAGGAAAUUGUCAAGCAAAUGAUGCAAAUUUUUGAAGGUUAUGAGCACAGGUCUCGCACAGCAACACCUUGCAUCCAUGCUGUUUAUCCUGCUCAUGGUCCACAAGGGUAAAAACAGCAGCAGAACUCACCAAUAGCUGGUAUAUCUUCUGUCUGAAGUGUAUUGUUGAUAUGUCAGGAUAUAGUAAUAUGAUGGUAGACUAAUGUGAUCACUAAUAUGGAUUUUAGUCAUAUAUAACUCAAUAAUCUCCUCUGUUCUUAAUGGUGAAGCGUUGCCCACGUGCAUGCGGGAUAUAUAGUCAUGCCGCGGAGCGGUAUUAUCGGAAACUUUUGUUGUUAAAUAAUAAAAAACAACAGAAGUUAA